CAACAGUGUCCUUUGAAGAGAAGAUGAAAGUGUCUGUUCCAGCAAAAGCAGAAUCAACACUGAUCUGGAAAAGAACACACCAACCGUCACUCCAACAGUUCAAAAAGACCAUGUCUUUUGGAGACUGCAUGCCAUGUGAAGAAGAAAUCAGAGCUGCCCUUCUGCCUGCUUUACAAGAUGGCUUGGAAUCCAUUAUUUCUUUAGCACGCACUGUUGCCAAAAUCAAUGGCGAGACUAUCAAUCACUCUGAGAAUCCAAUGCUCCAGAUCUUAAUUGAAACCGCCUAUAAUAAGACAUGUUCUGUUGAAAGAUAUGCUUUGGAACAGGUAGAUAUCAUUAAUUCAAAAAGCCAAUCUCUGUUUGCUGAAAAGUCCAAAGUCAUGUGUGAGUUAAAAAGUAAAGAAUCUGAUUUGGAGGGUUUGCAAAUCAAAUUGAAAACUCUUAACUUGGAACUGAAAAUUCAUCAAAAUAAUAUCAUGAAAGCUAGCACACAACUCGAACAAGCAAAAGCUGAAUUAAGAAAAGCCGAAGAAUUACAGGACUUAAGAGAACAUCAGUACAACGUCAGCCUUGCUACAAUGGCAAUACCUAUAAUUGGAACCAUUAUAGGUGGUGUAGCAGCAGUGUGUUAUUCAGAAGCCUAUAAGGAUGCAGAGAGAAAAACAAACACAGCCAAAUGCAUGGCUUCAUUGCAUGAAGGAGAAGUGUCUGAUCAUAAAAGGAAACUGGACACCUGUUUGAAAGAAAUACAACAAAAAGAACAAGAAAUUGCUAAUACAAAGAAUAUACUGAACAAGGUCAAUAAGAAACUGAAAAGGACACGUGCGCUUACGAAAGAACUUACAACAGUGCAGAAGAAAAUACAAGACUGCACUACAUAUCUGAGCCAGUUGUCUGGAAAAGUAGAAUGCAUGAAGGUGAUCACCAGCGAUUUAAUUCAUCUAGAUACAUUAAUUACUUCUCUGAGGGAAAUAUUUCCUACGUAUUUUAAAAUGAACACUUUCCCACUCCUGGAAUUGCCUAAUAAAGAUGAAUCCACAUUGAUCUUUUGGGUAGUAACUGGAUUCUUAUGUAUUUUGUAUAUACUAUUAUUAUUAUUAUUUACCUCAACCCAUUAAUGCCUAGCGUCCCAUAUAUGGGCCGGGGUGAAUAUGUGCAUCUCCCUGGUUAUGUGUUCACUGAAAUGUAAUAAUGAAUCCUGUAAAAUAUUACCCCUUACAGCUGUAUUUUUCUUGCUUUUACUAUUUGGUUGCCGGAUCAAAUGCAAUCUUUCAAGUUGGCUGUUAGUCACAAAGAAGCAGCUACAUAUAUUGAUGCCAACUUAUUUAGCCAUUAUCUUUCAUUUUCAUUUAUUCAUGAAUUUCUGUUGGUUAGUGUUUGCCUUAGCUAUACAUAACAAUUUUAUAGCAAUUGUUUGUAUAUUGUCUAAACUGAGCCUUGUUUUUGUAGCGUCUCAUAUAUAGGAUGCUAGGCACAGGUGCAUACAGGUUCUUGUUUUUUUAUAACAUAGUUCUGAUGUUGUUAUAGUUGUUUUGCUUGGUGCAAUACUGUUGUAUCUGGUUCAGUGUUUAUUGUGUCUAGUUCAAGACCCUUACAUUGUUGAUUACUGAUGUGCAUGGCUCCUGUCUAGGAACUCUGCAGGGCACAAGAAUAGAUCUCUGAACCUGUGGAUUUUUGAAGAGAGGUUCAGUAGUAAAUGUAUAUAGACUGUAGUUGAGGCAAGAAAAACUCAAAUAAAAAAAAACUCACCUCAGAAUUCAGCACUGGCAGGGACAUACCUGUCACCAUGGCAAUCUGAAAACCACUUGCAAAGUCUGCCUACAAUGGUGCUAUAAAGGAAAAUAUUGAGCAUGUGAAGCGUGUGAUGUGGUCAGACAAAUCCCAUUUUACACUGUUCAGCAGCACUGGUGGAAGAACCAAGGUAUGGAGGAGAGCCCAUGAAGCACGAGACCCCCAUUGCAGAGUGUGCACUGUUCAGCAGCAGGGUAUGGAGGAGAGCCCAUGAAGCACGAGACCCCCAUUGCAGAGUGUGCACUGUUCAGCAGCAGGGUAUGGAGGAGAGCCCAUGAAGCACGAGACCCCCAUUGCAGAGUGUGCACUGUUCAGCAGCAGGGUAUGGAGGAGAGCCCAUGAAGCACGAGACCCCCAUUGCAGAGUGUGCACUGUUCAGCAGCAGGGUAUGGAGGAGAGCCCAUGAAGCACGAGACCCC